UCUGCGUUUCUCCCACAUGUUCUAGUUCAAAAGUUUUACAGCACAGCACACAGUCACACACGUUUGUUUUUGGUCUCCUAAGCGUUACACAUUAUUAUUCACCUUUCCCAGUUUAAUUUGUUUAAGAAAAUGCCACCUAAAAAGAAGACACAAAAGGCCAAUGGUUUUAUGAUGUUCAUGAUUGAAAUGAGACCAAGACUUGAAUCUGAUGGGCACAAAUUUCCUGGGGGUUUGAUGGAUGUUCAUCCUGUUUGUACUCCAUUAUGGAAUAAUCUGACCACAGAACAAAAAGCGGUUUAUAAUCAAAGGGCUAAAGGUGGCCCCAUGAUAAAAGAAGAGAAAUUAGACACCCGUGGGGUACCAUUAGCAUGGAAGGAAAGAGAGGAACAGAAGAAAAUUAUUGAAAAAAGCCAAGUUUUCCAGAAAAUUGAGGAUUUGGUUGCAUACUUACAUGGCCAAGGAACUCUUGUGAAUCACUAUUUCCAUUUGGCUCACUUCAACAUUGCUGUUUCUACUGACGAAGGAGAAUACCCACCUUGUGAGAUGGCCAUAGUCAAGUUUUCGUUAGCAGAUGGAAUUGCCAGCUGUAUACAUGAAUUUGUGAAUCCUGGACAACUGCGACUUGGUUAUGCCUAUGAAGCUGGUCUUCACUCAGAAAAAACUCACAAAAUUCCUGCUACUGGUUUUAAUUUUUUCAAUAAUAAUUAUGUUGCCAUCACCAACAGCAUCAAAAGAAUGCUAAAACAGCAGGAUGGUGGCUAUGCCCCAUUAUUUUUCGUCGAUGAAGAUAGAGUAAAGGCGACUUAUAUUCUAGAGUGGUUAAUAGAAAAGAGCUGUGAGUUGGAUAACGGAUACGAGAAAAUGAAUCCAUUCAAGACUUACAGCUUGAACAAACUCUUUUACGAGUUGCGUCGCUAUGCCGAUUUGGACGACCCGCGGCUGAGAUUCACUAGUACAUCUCAAGUGUCUGAAUAUUUUGGUAACGGAGUGUUUCAGUUCAGCCCAAAUAUGGCUUGCGAGUGGCAUGAAGAUCAGGAUAAUGUGACUUAUUGUUCAUUGACAAAAGUGAAAAACUACGCCUACACUAUUGCUGACAUGUGUUGCGAGCAUUAUGACUUGUCUUUGCUGCCUAAUCGCCACGUUCCUGCUAGCAUUGCUGACGAACAUCGCUACGUGGUUAUGCCUAAAGCUGACAAGGUUCAGGAUGCACAGCAGACACCCGUUAUGAAAGAAGAUGACGAGGACGAAGAAGAAGCUAUUGAAUCUGUUCCACGCUUGCCAAACACUUUCUCGAAAGUUGUCAUGAAAUCCGUCGGACCGCGCGUAGCAGCCAAUUUUGGUAAACCCCAAAGUGUCCUACCUGGAGCUGGGCGUGGAAUUUUAGCAGGAGCAUCACCGAUGAAAUUAAUUUCGGAACCCAUAACUCCAGGACCACCUUCGCAAGAAAGUGCACCAUCAACUCCCGCUGGAAGAGGCCGUGGCCGCGGAUUUCUCUUAAGUGACGAUUAAAUCGUAUUGAUACCUUUCUUAUUAUCCUUAUAUCCUUACACGGUAAAAAAAAUUCUCAGUUUUCUUAGCAGCAGAAAAUAUGUCGCUACAAUUAUGUUUUCUUAUCCAUCCCAAAGUGAUGUCUUACGGGGAAAUUUCCAAAAAUGUCUUUCAAAUGUUAAUCCAGAAAUAAAUUAUGACUGUUUCUUUUUCCAGUA